UCUCAUCUCAUUCUUGCUUAGCUCUCGUUUACUCAUUUUAAAGGGAACAAAAAUCCAGUCUCUGAUUCACUUUCUCUGAAAAUGCGUGAGAUUCUUCACAUACAAGGAGGCCAAUGUGGCAACCAGAUCGGAGCUAAGUUCUGGGAGGUGGUGUGCGCCGAGCACGGGAUCGACUCGACAGGGAGGUACGGUGGUGACAACGAUCUGCAGCUUGAGAGGGUGAAUGUGUACUACAACGAGGCCAGUUGUGGACGGUUUGUUCCUCGAGCUGUACUCAUGGAUCUGGAGCCAGGAACCAUGGACAGUCUCAGAUCUGGGCCGUACGGUCAGAUUUUUAGGCCGGAUAACUUUGUGUUCGGACAGUCUGGUGCUGGAAAUAACUGGGCCAAGGGACACUAUACCGAAGGAGCUGAGUUGAUCGACUCUGUUCUUGAUGUUGUCAGGAAAGAGGCUGAGAACUGUGAUUGCUUGCAAGGUUUCCAAGUAUGCCACUCUUUGGGAGGUGGUACUGGUUCUGGUAUGGGAACGCUUUUGAUUUCCAAGAUCAGAGAAGAGUAUCCAGAUAGGAUGAUGCUUACUUUUUCAGUGUUUCCCUCCCCCAAGGUGUCUGACACUGUUGUGGAACCUUACAAUGCUACACUUUCUGUUCACCAGCUUGUUGAAAAUGCAGAUGAGUGUAUGGUUUUGGACAAUGAAGCUCUUUAUGAUAUCUGCUUCAGAACCCUGAAGCUCACUACUCCUAGCUUUGGAGACUUGAAUCACCUUAUUUCUGCCACCAUGAGUGGUGUGACAUGCUGCCUUCGCUUCCCUGGUCAACUUAACUCUGAUCUCCGCAAGCUUGCAGUUAAUCUUAUUCCAUUCCCUCGCCUGCAUUUCUUCAUGGUUGGGUUUGCUCCUCUUACAUCUCGUGGAUCCCAGCAAUACAGGGCCCUCACUGUUCCAGAGCUCACUCAACAGAUGUGGGAUGCCAAGAACAUGAUGUGUGCUGCUGAUCCUCGCCAUGGUCGGUAUUUGACUGCCUCAGCCAUGUUCCGUGGCAAGAUGAGCACCAAGGAAGUUGAUGAACAGAUGAUCAACGUACAGAACAAGAACUCAUCCUACUUUGUUGAGUGGAUCCCCAACAAUGUGAAGUCUACUGUUUGUGAUAUCCCCCCAACUGGUCUCAAAAUGGCUUCAACAUUUAUUGGUAACUCCACAUCAAUCCAGGAAAUGUUCAGGAGGGUGAGUGAGCAGUUCACAGCCAUGUUCCGCAGAAAAGCUUUCUUGCAUUGGUACACAGGAGAGGGAAUGGAUGAGAUGGAGUUUACUGAGGCUGAGAGCAACAUGAAUGAUCUGGUUUCUGAAUACCAACAGUAUCAAGAUGCAACUGCAGAUGAGGAAGGUUAUGAAUAUGAAGAUGAGGAUGAAGUUCAAGAGGAGGAUUGAUAGGUAUUGUAUCUGUUCAGUGUCUGGAUGUUCAAUUUACUGCAUUUAUGUUGAGAACUUGAUUUCGUAUCCGAAUACCUUAUUUGGAUUUUUGGAUUAGUGUUAUGUGGUGUGUUUUCUUGUUUGGUUCUAGUGUUGUAGUUUAUAGGGUGUUGGGUUAUAGAGAACAUAUUCACCUUUAAUAGUAAGUGGCUAUGGGCAUCUCCCUCUAUUUUGUGUUUAGAAUCAGUUUCAACGCUUGCCUUUGGCUCUUCCCUGGGCAUGCUUUUGGCAA